AUGAUCUACGCUAUUAUAAUUCUUGUUGGAGUUCUCGUCCUCGUCGUAUGGAAGUACGUUUCGAAUAAAAAGCCAGAAGCGCUAACUAAAUUACACGGUGCUAAUCAAAGUGAACACAUUAAUGAACUACAAAUAAAAGGGAAUGUAACGUUGGAGGAACAAUUACAUUCAAUUAAUAACAAUUUAGAAGCAGUCGAUACUGUUUUAGGCAAAGAUUUAUGGGAAUGUAAGAAAUACGAUAAAACAAAAGCGAAGGUAAUAGAGGCACUCCCGAUAGAAACAGAUUCACUGAAUAAUUCUUUAUAUACUGAUAUCGGAGAAGAUAACAUUCGUCUUCGUAAACGUAUCAGAGAUAGCCCACCUAAGGAACGUUUCGCGGAGUUUUUAGAAAAAACUGUUUUAGACGAAAAUAAGUUACAAUCGAUUUUUGAGAAUCUAUCUCUAACAAAUUGUGAUUUUGAUAUACCGAACGUGAAUCACAACUUAAAUGAGAUAUCGAAGCAGGAGAAUAUUAUAAACCACAAAAAUGAAGAAUCUUUAAAGCCGUCUGAUAAAAUAGAGAGUACUGAUGAUGUUGUAUUGCAAAAGGAACAAUCAGAAGAGAUAAAACCCCCGUCACUUUUGUUAAGACGACUCGAAAAACAAACAGGUGUACCGGGGGGGCUUAACUUUGGCUCGGUUAUAGGAGAACUGAAAAGCAAGACUCGAAACGCAAGCAAUGGAGCUUUGAAGCCGGUUUUUAGAAAAUUCGACGUUGACGCAGUUGAUAAUAGUCAAAAUGAAACCCUAAACGCGGCGGUCGAUGACAAGAAGAAGGUGCAAAUAGAUGAAAACGAAUUGGGCUCCAACAUCCUCGCUGACCGACGAAACAAAUUAGAAACCGCAGCGCAGGGAUGGCGAAAACGAGUGCCUCAAAGCGAUGCGACCAUGUUCACCGUCGCUGGGCGGUUGGAGCGCGACAAGGUGGCGACGCCGCCUGUCACUCCACCUCCUCUGAACACUCCGCCUGCUUCUUCGCCCGCUAUUACGCCCGCUGUACCACCACCAAACAGAUUCAGAUCUCGCAAAGCCCCAACAUCCCCAACAAAUGGCUUCGCAUCUGGUCCUCUCAGAUCGGCCUCAUGCGCAGUUAUGAGCGCAGUCGUCGACGCAAAGCCAAAGGAAACGCCCAAGGUUGAUCGCGAAUCCUUCAAGCGAAGUCACUCUGUUAGCGAGAAUAUAAGCCGAGACGAGAAGGACGAGUUAUCUCCAGGCGCGGAAAAACCGGGUUGUCCCGUACGGGUGCCUCGAGCUGAUGACGAAACAUUCCACGCAUUCUUCGCGCCACUACAGCAGCAGGAGAAGCCAGCGGAACAACUUGAUGUAGACCUGGAUGCUAUCGAUAGUGCUUCUAGGCAACUCCUGUCAAGCGAAUACGCACGAAGAGCGAAGCGGGAACGUCGACACGUCGCGUCUCGGAAUCCCUUGAAGGCAUUGGCUGCUCGGACAGACCUCAGACAGGAAUAUAAGGCUUUAGGUUUGACAACAAGGGACGCAUUGUUUAAGGAGAAAGUUACCGCCAAUUGUGGCCUAGCAGCCGAAGCCUUAGCCGCGCUUGCCAGCAAGGAAGACUUCUCUAAUGUUGCACUUCGAAGUGCUUCAGCUACGAAUGUCCCCAGUCAGGGGACAAAGCCGCUAAUGUUAAUGCACGUUAAGGGUAGACGGCGCGUGCAGACGCGGUUGGUAGAACCAGUGCACACAAACGUGAAUCGAGGCGACUGCUUUCUACUUGUUACACCUGAUCAGCUGUUCCUCUACAUUGGCUUAUAUGCUAAUGUUAUUGAGAAGAACCGAAGCACCGAUAUAGCAAAUCACAUCUUGAACACAAAAGAUCUCGGUUGUAAAAACGCCAACGCUCUCAUCAAAAUAGACGAACAAACCAAGACCUAUACGAAUAAACAUUGGAACCAAUUUUGGUCUCUACUUGGUGUCACAGAUGGAAUUGAAGAGUACCAGCCAGCGGAGACAGGUCACGUGGAUGAAGACGAGAUAUACGAAUCCUGUAUCGUCCAAACGAACAUGUGCUAUGAGGUCAUAGACGAUGAGCUAGUGCCCAUCAAGGAGUACUGGGGCCAAGUGCCCAAAAUCUCCAUGUUAAACCAAUCCAAAGUGUUAGUCUUCGAUUUUGGCUCCGAAAUGUACAUCUGGUACGGUAAAAAUGUUCCACUAGAAAGCAGACGCCAAGCGGCACAGUUGGCUAAAGAACUAUUCGAAGACGGUUACAACUAUGAAGAAUGUCAUAUCAAUCCGUUGAACGCCGCCGAAUAUCAAGGCGCUAGAAAGGAUUCUAAAACGCAAACUAAAUCGUCGAAAUCUCGACCGGAAUGGGCGAUUAUGUCGAAAAUCACUCAACACAUGGAAACCAUACUCUUCAAAGAGAAAUUCCUCGACUGGCCGGACUUCAGCCGAGUAAUCAAAGUUAAGCCCGCGGAGAACAAAUCGAACGGCGCGGAGAUAACACCCUGCGAUGCAGAGGAAAUGUGGUCCAACGAGUACCAGGAUCCAGAUCUCAUUUUAGAAGGGUCCCACAUCGGUCGAGGAACACAUUACUACGACAAAGAGUCGAUGCGUCAUUACGAAAUCAAAACGCAGGCUGUAUGCAAAUGGCUCAUCCAGGAAUACGACUAUCAGAACGUUGAGAACGAGUGCGAUAUCGGCGAAUUUUACUCCGGAGACAGUUACAUCAUCAAGUGGGAUUAUCAGAUCACUGUUUCCGGCCGCGAGUUAAACGGGAAACCUUCGAAACACAAUCUGACCGGUCGUGAUAGAUGCGCCUAUUUCUGCUGGCAAGGAAAAGACGCGUCACCCAACGAGAAGGGGGCGGCCGCUUUAUUAACCGUGGAAUUAGAUAAGGGCAAAGGGCCACAAGUCCGAGUCGCACAAGGUACUGAACCUCCAGCCUUUCUGAACCUCUUCCAAGGCAACCUCGUCAUACAACAGGGUAAACGGGAGACAGACAAAAAUAAGUAUCGUCUCUUCGUUACAAGAGGAAAUUUAAUUAACGAAGCUUAUUUACUGCAAGUGCCCUGUUCUGUUAGACAAUUGAGGAGCCGGGGCUCGUUAGUCUUAGUUGAUACGGAGAAGGCUUUCGUGUAUGUGUGGCACGGUUCUAGAAGCUUGAAGCAUACGCGACAGGUAGCGGUGGAGUUAGCGAACAAAUUAGUGGCGCGCAAAUCUAAGAAUCUUUUUGGUGAAAAAUGUGGUGACGUUAAGGUGGUAGAGAUUAGGGAAGGCGAAGAGCCGAGGGAUGUUUUGGAGGCGCUGGGCGUUGCCAACAAGCAGUAUUACAACUCUGUCUUGAGCGCCGGUCGUGAGGCGGGUGAUGACGUCACACCGCGGAUGUUCCACUUCACGGAUUUGAGCGGCCAGUUCGAAGCUAGCGAAGUGUUAUCGCCUCUUCGUCACGAAAGCCUAAUUACCCCAUUCCCGUUCGAACAAAAGGAACUGUAUUCCGCCUCGCAACCUGGUUUGUUCCUAUUAGACGACGGAAAGAGUGUGUGGGUCUGGCAGGGGUGGUGGCCGCGGGGGGAGGACGGGGAGAUCGAACCCGUCGAGAGAAAUAACGGUGUUGGCGCAUUCGCGGGCCGAUGGAUGUCGUUACGAGCGGCUGCGCUACGCACAGCGGAAGCGUACUGGUCUGUUUCGCGGCGCACUCGACCCGAGGUACAAGUCGUACUGGCUGGACUCGAGCCUGACACCUUCACUGCGCUAUUUGACACCUGGGAGGAGCACGAUGAGGCCGCUGACGCUAAUAUCGCGCGCGGGUACAAGGCGGGCGAAGCGGUGAGCGCCAGCGUAGAGCUUUCUCGAGUUACCGCUAGCACGUGCGUGUUGCCCCUCGCGGCGCUACAACGGCGGCCUCUGCCCGACUUAGUCGACCCGCACCAUCUGGAGAGACACCUCUCCUCACCACAUUUCAUGGAGGCUUUCGGCAUGACCAAAGAAGAGUUUGCGUCGCUUCCCGCGUGGAAGCAGACCAACAUGAAGAAGGACUUGGGCCUAUUUUGA